AUGUACGUUUACUCACUCAUCGGUUUUAUUUUCUGCGGAUUCGCUACGUCGACAGAAUUCAUUAGUGUGUCAGUGGAAGAAAAGUUGCGUAAUGAAUUGUUUGCAUCUUAUGACCGUACUGUGAGAGCAUCUAAUAUCUCCGGUGUACCAGUUGUCAUCAACGUUGCAUUAUCAGUGACUCAGCUACUAGAUGUGGACGAAAAACGGCAAGUUAUAACUUUGAGUACAUGGCUUUAUCAGAUUUGGAAGGACUACCGUCUUCACUGGGAGCCCAGUGACUAUGAAGGCAUUCACUCAAUUCCAAUAAAGGCUCAGGAUGUAUGGUAUCCCGACACAGCAAUUUACACAAGUGCCAGUGAAGAGCACGUGAAUUUUCCAACAGUUGUAGCAGACUCAAUGACUACGUUGGUUCAAUACGACGGUAAUAUAACGGUGUGUUCUGCGCAUAUUUAUGAGAUACCCUGCAAAAUGGACAUUGUUGAUUUCCCGUUUGAUGUGCAGUCAUGUGACAUGGCAGUUGGAACGUGGGUACACACCGUACAACAACUCGAUUACUACGUCACGUUCGAUUCUAUACAGCAAGAAGGUUUCCUACGUAAUACGGAAUGGAGUAUAGACGGAUCGAGUGCGACUCGGUACACGGCGGACUUCAUUGUGUUUCCUGGCACGUAUUCUUACGUGACCUUUACUUUGUUUAUGCGACGCAAACCUCUUUAUUACGUUAUUAACCUUAUUUUGCCGUGCGUUCUGUUCUCGCUUCUGACCGUCACUGUAUUUUUUCUCCCGCCUAACUCAGCUGACCGCAUCACAAUGGGUGUAUCCAUCCUCCUGACUCUUUUUGUAUUCAACCUCCUCGUUGCUGAUAUCAUGCCGGCAACGUCAGAAAACGUACCCGGUCUAUCACUAUAUCUCUUACUGAAUAUGGCCAGUGUUGUCAGCGCCAUCGUCAUCUCUGCUGCCUUGUUGUCGCUGUACCAUAAAACUGGCAAUGUUUCCUCAUUCGUGAAACUUAUCUUCAUCGACCAUUUGGCGAAAGCUGUCUUCGUGAAAACCAAGCCGAGGCUCGAACGCAGAAACAGUAACAUUUCUCCAAAUACCAUCUCUGCCUCGCUGAGGGCGCACCGAAAUUCGUUCGAAAAUUUCGUCUUCGAAACGAACGAAAUCGACGAGAUUAAAAUAAUUGGACGAACACGAUCGGCAUCUCAACAAAGCCCCCGUACGCAUUCGCCGGGUUUGAAGCAAUGCGAUGACGCAAUAUCGAGGAACUCGCGAUUCUUGAUUGACGUCAUUCGAAGACUUGACGUCAUCAUUGGCCAACACAGGAAGUUAUUUCAAAGCCAAGGUCACGACUCCUCUCGACCAAUGGACAUUGAUGAAUUUGGCGAAUACCAGAUACUUGCAAAUGUUAUAAAUCGCUUGUUUUUUAUUGUGUUUUUAAUAUUCUACCUAACAGGUACGUUUUAUAUAUUUUUAAUGUAG